AACAUUUGCAAAAUACGCCGUUCCAUUUUAAUAGAUAACACCGGCCCUCUAUAUAAUUUGCUUUUUUUGUUUUAUACGUGGCACUUCUGAAGAGAAACGCUUGCUUCAGGGCGAGAUGUUCUUCGACUUCUUCAGUUUUCUAAUCGCUGGCAUCAUCAUUUGCACAGUCCAAUGUUUGACAUGCCUUGAUUGUACGGAUAUCCAGAGUCCUCGACAAUGCAUUUAUGUGAUGGAUUGUCAGCAUGGCGAGGUCUGCAAUGUUCACCGGACAACAAAUCAAUACGGAGAUGCUGUAUUUAACGUUGGCUGUGUACAUCCAUCGGUGUGUUCCAACCGUUCCCAAGCCCACCAAGCGUGUGACGAGUGUUGUAGUACAAACCUGUGUAACGCAGCAGGAUGUGGCAUGUCAGGAUAUCCAACGAAACGAGGUCCAGUUUGCUACACCUGUCCUGCUCAAAUCAUUGACGGAACAUGUCACAAAAUCGACGUCUGCGGAAUAAACGAGGAGUGCAUGAUCAACGAACAAAGCAAGUUUGGUGAUACUGUGUAUACGUCACAAUGCGUCGGCUCAACGCACUGUGAACGCCACACCAUUGACAACUCACAACUAGUCGGAAGGUUGAUCUACGAUGACACAAGGUCGCUGCCUGAGACCCUUUGUAACAAAUGUUGUGAUGACGAUCUGUGCAACGCUCAUUACGUUGGAUACUGCAGUUCGGAUCCCUGUAAAUAUGGGACUUGCACCAGCACGAAAACUGGCUACAAAUGUUUGUGUGACCAGUAUCACAUAGAGAUCAAUUGUUCAGACUGUGACAACUUCCUCUCUGAUAUUGGUGACAGGUCUCAGAUUCUCCAGAAUGCAAUCAUGUUUGCAAGUGUCCAAACGGUUGGGAGCUACCUGAUUACUGACGUCAAGGACAUGCGCACUCACGACGACGCCAGUGCUGAGUGUCAGAAGCAGCAGGGCCAUCUUGUGAAGGUGGACUCCAUCCAGGAGAGGUACUGGCAUGUUCAAAAGGUUUACUACCUGUGGAAGACCCAGAGGCUGGUCUUCUUCUGGGUAGGGCUCAGUAAUCGGCCCCGGACAGACAGCACGGGGUUCAAGUGGGAGGAUCAGACCGACCUUGAUAGAGCUUCCUUUGAGUGUCCGGAUGUGACGACCAGACUACACGGCGAUAGCAUCGUGUUCGAGUGCGACUUCUCCCAAAACCGCGGCGUUAAAGCUGUAUGGGACAAUUUAGACUGGCCAAAAACUGAGGUCGAUUACCCACCUAGUCAUGUUAACAAGUCGGACUUAUUGUGCAACAAACGCGACCCUGGUUUCGUCAUGAGAUGCGAGUCUGAUUACGUAACCAAGGCCACAUGCUCCAAUAAUGGGCAGAUAACUCUGAAACUGAAAAGCAAAACAGGAUUAGAUACGUAUUCCACGUCGUUCGCGAUGAGUUUGCAAGAGGGUAUUAUCAGAGCGUCAACGCCGAUUGUCAAUAACGCGUCUGGAUCCGUUGUGGUAGGAUGUAGCGUAAGCGGGGUUUGCAAGUCAUACAAGAUGCAUAUCUACGCGUAUGAGACAGACACCAAGAAAACAAGAAUUGACGGACCUCAGUUCAACUGUGAAAGCUCGUUCCAUAAUACUUACGGCCAUACGAUCGCCUGUAAGGACGAAAUUAAAGGCGACGAUAUUCGUAAAGGCAAAAUAAAGGUCACAUGCGCCUUGACGGAUGGUAUGGAUGAAUCAAUAACACAGGAGACGGAGAUGAAGUUCCCCUUAUGUUGCGAAAAGAAAGUACAGUCAGCAUUAAACUGCGAAGCAGUCUGCAGGAACUGCACUGGCAAAUGUCCUUACUGCAGUAAAGACAUCUGGUGUCGAACGGACACAGGUACAUUUAUCACGGACAAUGAUUCAUCGUUCGAUAUUUGCGAGACCAUGAACACUUCAAAAAACUGUACAACUUACGGAAGUUGAAUAAACUACACUUUACACGAAAGUGUAAACUGUUGUUUUUCUGCAUGAACCAGCAUUAAAUUAAAUUGCUCACUUGUAUAUCUUUGUUUUCGUUAUUUAAAAGUUGAACAUUUUGAAAAUUGAUUAUUUAUGUUCGAGCUAUUUUCAUGUCCAUAUGUGAUUUUAACUGUGAAUUGUCUUGUGAAUGUACUUUAUAUCCUGGGAGCUUGAUGCAUACAUGUAUAUACAAUAUGUUGGUUUUAAUAAUGCGCUGAAACGCUACCUUUGAAAUCAGUGAAUGAAAACCAUUGUAUCGUUACGUAUAAUGUUUGUCUGAGUAGCUACAAGGUAUCUGUUGUUUCUGAGCACGCAACUGCACACGAGACAUCGUCAUAUUUCAACAAUUAAUGUACGGAUCCGAUGUGUUUUUGUUAUGAUUAUAUACUAGAAUGUUUCCAGUUUGAAUGUUGUUUAAAAGUUUUAUAUUGAGCAAGGCCAUUUGAUGUUAAUUACCGUCAGUAUAGCAAUACAUAUAUAAAACAAGAUUAAGCAUAUAUAUAUUAAUUAAAAAUGUUUACCUACAACGUCAGUAAUGCAAACAUCUGAACGGGGCGGGAGAGCGGGCGCGACAUUUGUCCUGUUUUGUAAGUCAGUUACUCUUACAAGCACAUUAAGCAUAUUUAAAACAACAACAUAUAUUUCACAAAACUGAUUUGUUAAAACCAAUAGCAUUAUUCAUGUCCAACCAACAUGUGCAAUACUUUUGAUUGUAUCAUCCUUACCUUAUUUAAAUUAACUGCUGUGUUUUUAUACGGUGAAGGUUAUUGAUCUAAUUGAGGCCAUACGCAGUGUGUUAUUCCUUUAGACAGUGACUUGUUGGUGUUUGAAAUUGAAUAAAAAAAUGUUUAUGUCAACCUUUAUUUUUUUCGAAAUAAAUAAAUAUUAAUGUGAUAUAUUAACAAAAAACUAAUAUACGAUCUUUUUGAAAAAUAAACACAUUGAUGUUUUUUAUUUCAUAAAAUUCAAAACGAAUUACUUUACGCAGAAAUAUACAUGCUUCAUUGUAUACGUUGCACAAAUAUAUGCAUCGAAAUGUCGUAUGAAUUAAUCUUAACAGAUCAGUCGGUAUAUCCAAAAAAUAUGCAUGUCAUAUUUACAUGAAUUUUCUUUCGACAGUACAUAAUAAAGUAUUGUAAAUUGUAUCAAACUUUUCCAGCUUAGACUUUUGGUAGUGCUUUUUUCUUUUUCUAUAAUAUGUAUUGUUGUAUCUUUAUAUCUCGUGUUUAUAUACUCUUUAACAUAAAAUCUGAACACUGAAAA